CUGAAGGAGGUGUUUCAGCUUUUUGACACAGAAGAUAAGGGUUACUUUACAAAGGAUGACUUGUUUUUCGUCAUGGAGGCGAUGGGCGGCAGCCCCACGCCCCAGGAGCUUGAUGCUGUCAUGUACGAGCUGGACAGCAACGGGGAUUCAGUUGUUGAUUUUCCUGAGUUCCUUACGAAGUUUCUCACCGCAACGGACGAAAAGGAACUGUUGUCCGUCUUCCAUCAGCUUGCCAUUCAGGAGGGCGAGGGUAACGAUGACCGUUUCGCAAAACCUCGUUUGUUCGCCCACACGCUGACGCAGUACGUUGGCGAGCGGCUCACUGACGAAGAUAAAAAGUAUCUCGAAAUUAUCUUCCGGGGUGCUGACAAGGACAACAACGGCCGGCUGGACAUUAAGGAAUUUACAGCUUACUUG